GAGUGCUUUGAGAGGAGGUGUGGAGUGGAGCCCUCUGUGACUUGGUUGUAUCUAGUGAGCUGUGUGUGGUUGUGUCGAAUUUUACUGUACUGUGUAUAUGUGUAUGUAUCAGUGUGUGUAAGAGAGUGUGUGUUGACAGAUUGGCCUGUGUGUGAGUGCGUGUACACUUUUGCCUGUGUGUUUGUCAGUAUAUGUAGGAGUGUGUGACUUUACAGGUUUGUAUGUGUGUAUGUGUUUGUAUGUGUGUAUGUCUUCUUGUGCGUAUGUGUAUCCCUGUGUGUAUGUGUGUAUGUGUCUGACGUGUGUUUUUCCAGCUUUGCUUGUGUGUAAGUAUGCGUGUUUUGUGUGAAUCUGGGUGUUUGUAAGAGUUUGUGUGAGUAUAAGUUCACUUCUGUGUAGUUCUGUGUGUGUGCCUGUGUGUGUGCCUGUGCCUGUGUGAGUGCCUGUGUGUGUAUGUGUGUGUGUGUGUGUGUGUGUGUCUGUGUGUGCACGUGCCCAUCCCCUUUUGCCCCUUGUAUCUAUAUUACCUGCACCUCAGUGCAAGAGAGUGUAGAGGCCAGAAGUCACCCCGGCUGCUGUUCCUGAGGUAGCAUUAGUACUGAUAAAAUGCCUACAGAGACUGAGGAGGAGUUACCAACCCCUACACCCGAGCCCAGUAUCUCUGAGGAGGGCAACUUCCAUUCCCAAUACCAAGUAUUGGGGACAAUUGGGCAAGGGGGCAACGCCAAAGUCCUCCUGGCCCACCACCGGCUCACAGGAACCCCGGUGGCUGUCAAAGUUCUGCGAAAGGACAAGCAGUGGUUCCAGCCAGCCAUGAUGGAAGCAAACAUAAUGAGAAAGAUCAACCACCCCAACAUAGUGUCUCUCAUACAAGUUAUUGAAAAGGAAACGAGAAUAUACCUCAUAAUGGAGCUGGUGGAAGGCCAAGAACUCUACCAGUACAUCAGAGAGUCAGGGCACAUAGAGGAGGAUGAGGCCCGGCAAAUAUUUGAACAGAUAUUGUCAGCAGUGAGCUACUGCCAUGGAAAGGGGAUUGUUCACCGAGACCUCAAACUGGACAAUAUAAUGAUUGAUAAAAACAAAAAGGUCAAAGUCAUCGACUUUGGGCUUAGCACCCAAUUUCAACCUGGAAAAAUGCUAAACCACCACUGCGGCACGUACUCCUUUGGUUCCCCUGAACUCCUCCUUGGCCAUCGGUAUGACGGGCCGAAGAAUGAUAUGUGGAUUAUAGGAGUGGUCUUGUACUGUAUGGUAGUGGGAAAGCUCCCAUUUGAUUCAGUGAUCAUCCAAGAACUGCAAAGACAAGUAGUGGCAGGGGUAUAUCCUGCUCCCUGUGGGGUUUCAAAAGAACUGGAGGACCUCCUUAGUAAAUUACUGAGGGUAAAUCCCAACUUUAGACCAACAGCAAGAAAGGCGAUGAAACACCCUUGGUUCAAAGAACACUGGAACGGAUUGAUAGGUCCCUAUGAAGAAAUGCUUCCCCUCACACCAGACCCGGCCAUUUUGGAUGCCAUGAAAAGCAUUGGAUUCCAAGCCUCUGUAGUAAAACACUCUUUAAAACAAAGAAAAUAUAAUGAGGAAAUGGCAACUUAUUUCUUUCUACAAAAGCAGGCUCUCCAGGGGGAUGGCUGCACAGCCCAGGCACAGCAAGUGAGUCCCGUUGCAGCACCAUUCCCUAGCCUUGAUCCUGCUGCUGCUUUUAUAUUAGAACCAAAGAGGAGUGGAAGCCUGCCAGUCCUUGGCACCUUGCGGGUGUCAUCCUCCCAUGGUCAUGUAUCUCACUAUGGCCAGAAUGCUCAUCCAAAAGGAGGCAAAAGAUCCACUGUGGCUGGUCGUCUCAGGCCUCUACCGAUGACACCUACACAGGACCACUAUCACAAAUGUGCCGUGAGUGUCCCAUGCAUUCAAAUAACAAGCAUCUUCACUGAGAAGAGUAGCAAUAAGGAAAUCAAAGAAGACAACCCACUCUCCCACAGAGCCCCAUUUGAGGAUAAGCCCAUCCCCAGCAGGGUCCGGCACAGAGGUUUUAAGGGGUGGACCAGGAAUAUAGCAAAUGCCCUGAUAAAGAUGUGUUGCUGCAUGCCAAGGAGAAAGAAACCUCGCCUGGGGCAGAACAGAAUCUCCCCCCAGAAAUGAGCCACAGGGAGAGUCCAGAGAACAAGCAGCAGGCAUAGCCCAGUGUCAUCUGGAAAUUCUUUCAUGUCCUCAGUAUAAACAGUAGGUGAUUUCAGACACAUGGCAAUGUAAAAGACACCAGCAGAAACUACAGCAGCAACAGGAGUAGCAACAAUAGCAGAAGCAGCAUUAGGCACAGCAGCAGCAGGAGGAGGAGAACGAGGAGGGUAGGAGGAGGAGGAGGAAGAUGAAGAGAGGAGGAGAAAGAAGAGGAGGAGGAGGAAGAGAAGGAAGAGGAGGAGAAAGAGGAGGACGAAGAGCAGGGGGAAGAUUUUGAUUCCCUGUCCCCGUGAGAAUUGCUGAUGACUACUUCUGGACACAGAUAUCAUGCUGAGAACUGUUUAUCAAAAUGAUUUAACAGAAUAUUAAUUUUCAUAGAAGACAUGUCAAUGUUCCUAAGGGCAUGCAGCCCGGGAAAAGAGAGCAAGAUGGCAGAGGCAAGCAGUGUGGAAUGUUCUUACUGAGGAAGACCUUCUCAAAGCUGAUGAUGUAAUAGGUAUGAAGGAGCAUUUCAUGGGAGUCACGGUCCCAUGCCCCUGUGUCAGGGCACACAGAGCUCCUAGCCUUGCAUCCUGCGUGAGAGGGGUCCUGGAAUAUUCCCUGAUCCCAUCAGGGUCCUGGAUUGCAUGGUUCCCCCUCAGUUAUGGUCCUCCCUGUGCCUCAUGGGGUACGCAGCUUCUAUGGGAUGAACUUAUAUCAGUGAUUAACUGGAGCUGGACCACAACCACACCACAGGCAAGCCCUGGACACUGAGGACAUUAAGAGCAGCAGACAACAUCUCCUCCACUGCUUCUGACUCUGCUCCACAAGGCAAGGCAGCUCCCACACAGCAGGCAUCCAGCCUAACUCCCAGCAGGGAGAGUGUGAGAUGUCUGUGGAUGAGCCCACAGGGACUACAGGAUUCUGUGGGAAGACAUCUGGUAGGUUCUGGAGCAGCUGCAGCAGCCAGGACACAUGAACUACAGUGGAGGUGAGCUAUAGGAACAGGUAGCAAAGAGCCUGAUCUGGGGAAUGCUGAUCUGAAUCCCUGGGUGCAGGCUGGAAUGGUCACUCAGGGCUAUUAGAGUGAAGGCCAGCCAAGGGCAUACAAUGUGUCACUAACAUUCUCAAAGUCUUGUACAGGAAAUAAACCACUGGCCUUGACCAGUAAAGUUGAGUCCAGACUCAUGGGCUACAGGAUAGCAGAUUGAACUGAGUCUGAAUUCCCAUGAGUAUGACCUCUGGCUUCUCCCUAGGCUCAGUAUAGAUGAGCAUGAGAAGGCACCAUUGCUGUGUUUGCAGGAGUAGCAGAGAGCUCAGAAUACAUGACCCACUCCUAACCCAGACUGGAGCCACUCUGGGGAGGAGAUGGCAUCAUUUGAGAGAUGGGCUUAUGCGGGACACUGUGCUCUGGUUUGUGGCACAUACAGCUCCUGUCUUUCUUGCUGACAGUUCAGAUCCUCAGCUGGCCUCAUCACGGACAGUCCCAUGAGGAGUGGGUGUUUGUUUCCUGCUUCCCAGUUAGGGCAGGAACAAGCCCAGACGCAGUGAGUGAGGACAGUGCUUCUGUCUUGACCCAGCUUCCUUGUCCUCCCCCCUCCCCCAACUCAUAUCAGGAGCCACCCAGAGACCUUCAUAGGAGUGUGGGUCAUGUUAAUCGGAAUGCACAGCUGGAGAUUAAAUUCUGGGUAAGGUCUCCAUACAGCCCUGGUGGCUCCCACACCCUGCCUACCUAAGUUUUCCCAAUUGGGUCCUCAAGGUCGUGGAGAAUCUUCUACAGGCUGCCAUGAAGAUACAGCCAGUUUCUUGGUAACAUUGUGUUUAGCAGAGGUUCUCUGCUUCAGGCACAGAGACUUCCAGUGAGAGGGUUUGCUGAGUAGCACACCAGGACCAGAAAAGUGUAGAGCCCUCCAGUGGUAGACAUGAAGUACUGCAGGAGUUUAUUUCCUGAUUUCUUCACAUCUACCUUGUUCUAAAGGCUUUUUGUCAGACACAUAGGGACCUAAGAAACUUGAGUUUGCAACCCCAUAGGGAACCCAGGACACUAAACCAUCAGCCCUGUUAAACGUCGGCAGAGGACAGUCUGGGAUCUAUGUUUGUAGAAUGGCUCUAGAGUAGAAUGAAGACUGAUUGACCAGCCAGUCAAGGAGAGUUAGGGACAGUUAGAGACUUGGAGGAGAGCAUGAGCGGCAGACACAGCAGAGUCCAGGCCAACAGUGGAACCAGUUCAUUUAAUAGAGACGCAUAUGCCCUCCCAAAAGGCUAUCAGCUUAAGGCCCUGCACUGAAGACCUGACCCAAUAACAUGCCCAAUUUACCCAUCACCCACCUGUGGCUUGUGGAGGGUCCUCAGGGUAGAUCCUAAAGUCCAUCAUGGCUGAAAGGCAGAAGUUUGCACAUCAUUGCAAUGUGGAGGCUACUCUCUGCUGAUGGGACCCACACAGUCUGUGAAAAAGUUUGCUUAAGUGAAAGUUGGCCGUCCUUGAACUCUCUGGUCUUCCAGGGUAGUUUGUGUUGACCACAUGCAGAGUCAUUCCUGAAAAACAUAAGUGCCAAAAUUCAACAAUAGGGAGAGAAUCCUGUGCCAGAUGGAAUCCUUCAGGCCAGUGCGGAUUUAGAGACAUCCUAUGCCAUGGCAUGUAGGCUCCCAAGGACUUCUAGGAUCAAUGUGAGCCACACAAGAGCCCACAGUCCAUCCUGGGAGAACAUUAAAGUAUCUGGAAUUAUCAGGGACCCUAAGGUAGGUUCGUCAGGAUAUGGAGCUGAUGCAUGGUGGGAUGCUUGGAGGAUACAGCCUAAGGCAAUGUAGAGGAAAGUGUGUUAUGAGAGCUAAGACAGAGCAACCACACUGUCUGAGAACAAGUUUGCUUAAGUGAAAUUUGGCCGUCCUUGAACUCUCUGUUCUUCCAGGGUAGGAUGGCCUAUCGGGCCCAGGACAGAGCGACUAUGCCAGAAUCAAUGGUCUAUAAUAGAGAUGGAGAAGGUGUCAGGAUGGGACUUGGGCAGUGGAUGGAGCUCUAUGACUGCAAAGCCUGCCUAGGCUCCAAGGACCCAGAGCUGGCUGCUGCAGGAAGUCCUAGAUCACAACUCUGCAGUUCCUCUUCCCAGGUCUUGCUUUUAACUACUGGACCCAACACAAAGCCUCCCUUGCAGGCUUACCAGAGCAUGAAAAUGAAAUGGCCACCUCCUGUAACAAGGAAGACUUCUAGAAGAGGAAGUAGACAUCAAUACAUUCACAAAACCUUCAACUCGAAAUCUGUCUUGCCAAUAAGUGUGCAGGGAUAAAGGUAAAGCAGAUAUUGAGGGACCAACCAAUCAAUGACUGACACAAAGUGAGAUCUGUCUCAUGUGACAGACACAACCUCUGACGCUAUUUAUGAUAUUCUUUCUGAUUUACUUGCAGACAGAAAAGUAGCACACCUGUCUCCAGAGGCUUCACUCAGCAGCUGAAAGCCACAGCCAAUCCUCAGAUGGAGCUCGGGAAGUCUUGUGGAAGAGUGGGGGAGAGUGCCAAGCAAACUGGUUGGGUUAAAACAAUACAAGAAGUCCCCUACCGUCAGAUACCUUGGACCAUGGAGUAUGCUAGAGCCUGUGCAACCAACCCCAGAGCCGGGUUAGCUAUCUGCCGUUGGUUUCCAUGUGGGUCAUCUGACAAGUAGAUCCAGGACUGUCUGUCUGUGUUGCCUGCAUUGGAUCUGUUCCCAUACCCGGACUGCCUGAUUGUAAAUCUGUGGGGCAGAAUGUGCUCGGUCCACCUGGGACUAGAAGUCCCGGGAUGGUGUGGUACCCAAGGGACUCUCCCCUUGUCUUAAGAGAAGGGAGAGCAUUAUGGUAGAAAGGAUUUUAAGGUGGGACUGGGAAGGGAAGAGGGAGAGUGACUGGGAUCAGGAUGUAACCUGAAUAAAGAAGAAAUUAUUGGAACUAAAAAAGUUAGCCUGGAAAAUGGAAAGAUUGGUAAGUGGCUAAGAGCACUGAAUGCUCUUCCAGAGGUCCUGAGUUCAAAUCCCAGCAAACACAUGGAGGCUCACAAAUGUCUCUAAUGACAUCUGAUGCCCUCUCUGGUCUUUCUAAAUACAGCUACCCUGUACGUAUGUAUAACGAAUGAUUGAAUGAAUGAAAGAAUGAAUAAAUAAAUAAAUAAAUAAAUAAAUAAAUAAAUAAAUAAAUACAUUUUACCCUGUCUUAGUUAUCAGGCAAUGAAUAAAAUGUCGAGAAAAUGUUCAAAACCAUGUCAUGGAUUGCCUGGAUCUUUUAGAUCUGCAGGAAACAUCUCAAGGAAGAACAAGAGAGGGUGGAGAAGAAUGUAGAAGGGUUUGAUCCCUGAAGUUCCUCAGUGUCCACUAGCACAGCACUUGUCUUUGGGAGGUGACAUCUUUCACUCUUCCAGACUGUCUCACCAAUCAGAAUUACAAGCUCUGUGGAUUAACCUGUAAGAAGGACAGUUGCUCUUGGGCCAAUAUGGAGGUUCCUGACCUCUCAGCAAGCUCACUGCUGCCUUUUGAGGUCUCUGGAGGGUGAGCAAAAUGAAGACACACAGAGUAGCCUCAGGUUGAGUCAGCCAGGCCCAGGGGGCUCAGUGGUGUCUCUCAGAUUCCCAGGCCCUCCCUGAGAUUGAACACACUACACAGUGUAAGAGGAUUAGGGGAUAACCAGGAAAUGCAGUUGCUCAGGUGUCUGGCUCUGUAGGAGGGAAAUAAAUCACAGUGGAAAGCUUCAGGACAGUCAGGUGACCUGAGCCCUCCACAGAGUCUAAGUCCAGACUCACAGACAUUCAUCUGUCCACAAGUCUCCUAAACACAGGCCUUGUCUGACCUGCAGUCCAGAGUAUGUUAUCGUACAGUGUCCCUUAGAGAGAGGACAUACUUUCCAGUUAGGCCUCUUCUGUGUCACACUGAGACUGGGUUUGUUGUACAGGUGAUGCAGAUGGGGACUGGACACAAGUGGCAGUCUAUCACAGAUCAUGCAAUAAGUAAAUACAUAAAUAAAUAAAU